UCUGUGUAGCGAUGAAAUUGUUUAUCCUUUGAUUCGGGGUCCUUCAUCACUUAUCAGAUUAAUUUAGAAACUAGAUUUAAAAAGUGCGACUUGGGGAACGAUCGCUCCAAAUUGUUGUAGUGAAAUUCAGGAUUUUCGGUAAAAUUUAACGUUUAACAAAGUCAGCGAUGGCCAAAGUUCAGCUAGCAAACGUAGCUGUACUGGACAAUCCUUCGCCGUUUCUAAAUCCGUUUCAGUUCGAAGUCACUUUUGAGUGUAUCGAAGAACUGAAAGAAGAUUUGGAAUGGAAGAUGAUUUAUGUCGGCAGUGCCGAAUCCGAAGAGUUCGACCAGGUUUUAGACACAAUUUACGUUGGUCCAAUUCCUGAAGGAAGACACAUGUUCAUAUUUCAGGCAGAUCCCCCGGAUGUUAGCAGAAUACCGAUCAAUGAUGCUUUAGGGGUUACGGUUGUCUUGUUAACUUGCUCGUACAGAGGGCACGAAUUUGUACGCGUUGGCUAUUUUAUAAAUAACGAAUACACGGAUGCCGAGCUCAGAGAAAAUCCACCGCCUCAACCACAGUUUGACAAAGUACAACGAAACAUCUUAGGGGAUAAACCACGUGUUACUAGAUUCAAAAUAAAUUGGGACGAUGGAGCAAGCUCGACGACAAAUAACGUGCCAGAAGGUAUGGACGCGCAGUCCUUGGAGGAAACAUCGCAAGAUGCGCCGACAUCUACAUUGGGUUUCACAGAAAGUACGCACAACAGCAUGGAAGUGAUGUAAAUAACAGUACGCUGCGAGUUAUGGAUAUGAUAGAGUAAACUGUAAUCCGAAGAAUGAAGUAGUACCUGGAAACAAGAUUGGAAUGAUUCGUACAUUUGGAUACCUUGAAGGGAAAAAUGUUAAAAAUAAAAAAUGGUAGCCUUUUGUACAGUAUAUAUUAAUAGAUUUCUUUCGAAAAAAUAUAAGUUGAAAAUUAGUAACAUGUUGGUUAGUAUGACAGUUUAAAAUUUGUAUGGGAAUGAUGUUGUUUAUUACUAAGUAUGUAUGCAUAAUUAUUACUUGUAUCGAAAGACAACCACGAAUAAUUUAUUAUGCAUCAUUAUGAACGAGGUAGUUUGUCUGAAUGAAGAGAAGUGAAUUUCUUAAGACUAAUAUAAAUUCUAAGCUAAAUUACGUAGAUUCUGUAUUAAGAGAUUUGUAAUUGUGCACUAAUAUGCGUUUUGCAAAUUAAAGAUUUUCAAUUUCAGGAAUUUUAAUUACGAGAAAAAUUGUUUCAGCGUUAACUCUUUGUAGCCGUAAUUUAAAUAUAAUUGUAU